AUGGAGGAAGAAGCUACCUCUUGGAUUAGAAGAACCAACUUUUCCCACACCGUUUGUCACCGUUUCGACUCCUCAAGACUAAACGCCGCCACUUUCACCGUAACCCCAAGGCAAACGAGCCUUCUCCCCCAGCACGAACCGAGCCCUGCAAGUCCCACAACAAAACAAAAUAAUGCAGCUGCGCAAACGGGCCAAAUCCGUAAAAAUCCAACAUCAACCCGCCAACGGGCCGUGUCACCUAACCCGGAAAUAAAGCUUUCGGACACCUUCAAGGAGGCCCGGUUGAGCCAGAGGCGAUUCUCGACCCCCAAUCCACGCGGCAAACCGGGCUCGGGCCACCACAAGUCAUCUAGGAGCACGAGCCCACUUAAGUACCUGACCUCCAUGAAGUUUCAUGACAAGCCCAAGAGUCGUAAGGAGUCGUCCGGUUAUUGGACCAAGUAUUUCGAUCACGGUGUUGGCAGGGUCACGUCCGUUGAGACUGUCGAUGUGGAGAAAAUGGUCGACCUGUCUAAGCUUUUCUUGGGGAACAAGUUUGCUCACGGGGCCCACAGCAGGCUUUAUCAAGGUUUCUAUAUGGACGAGCCGGUGGCCAUGAAAAUGAUUAUGGUUCCUAAUGAUGAUGAUGAUGAUGAAAACGGGGCGCUUGGGGCUCGGCUGGAGAAGCAGUUUGUGAGGGAGGUUAGUCUCCUGUCGAGGCUCCGCCAUGAGAAUAUAAUAAAGCUUGUGGCUGCCUUUCGAAAACCGGCAGUCUUUUGCAUCAUUACCGAGUAUUUGCCCGAGGGCUCCUUAAGGGCAUACCUGCACAAGCACAAGGACCCUCUCCCAAUGCCCAAGCUAAUCUCUUUUGCUCUCGACAUUGCUCGGGGAAUGGAAUACAUACAUUCCCAAGGAAUCAUCCAUAGGGACUUAAAGCCCGAAAAUAUCCUUAUAACCCAAGAUUUUCGCCUCAAAGUUGCCGAUUUUGGCAUUGCCUGUGAGGAAGCUAACUGUGACCAGCUGGCAGAUGAUCCGGGCACUUAUCGAUGGAUGGCACCUGAGAUGAUCAAGCGCAAAAAGUAUGGGCGGAAAGUGGAUGUGUACGGUUUUGGGCUGAUCUUGUGGGAGCUUGUGGCUGGGGCUAUACCGUACGAGGAAAUGACACCUAUACAAGCUGCAUUUGCCGUGGUGAACAAGAACCUGAGGCCAGCUGUACCUAAGGACUGCGCCCCAGCCAUGAAAGCCUUGAUCGAACAAUGUUGGUCCUUGCAGCCGGACAAGAGGCCCGAGUUCUGGCAGAUUGUUAAGGUUCUUGAAGAAUUCGAGUCUUCACUGGCUCUCGAUGGAACCUUGAAUCUCGUACAAAACCCAAUUUUUCAAGACCCUAAGAAGGGAAUCCUACACUGGAUCCAGAAACUCGGUCACCAGAGCACUUCUUCUGGACCUAAACCCAAAUUCACUUGA